UCGAGCUGUCAAGUCAACAGAAGUGCCUCCCUUCCUUACCUGUGCAGCCUGCAGGAUGGCCCAGGCAGACAGUAAGGUGCUGGUUCUGGGAGCUCUGGCUGGAGUGGCUGGCAUCAGUUUGGCUGUGGUGUGUUAUCAAGGCUUUAGGUCAAGGCGAAGAAGCUCAUGUCCGGGGUUCUACCUCAACCGCACUAAUGAACAGGGGCCUGGCAUCAUGGUGGUGGAUGGUCCAGGUUUGCCAAGGGGUCAGGCUGAGGUGCUGGAGCGCCUUGAGGCCCUGAUCCAGUGCGUGUCUGAGCUAAAGGAGGAGAUGAAGUCAUUGAAGAGUGCUCUGCCGACGCUGCAGGAUCAAGUCAGGGAAGAGCUGAGGGGACGGGAUGAGGCGCGUCGAGCCAGCCCUCUCCACAGGACCACACCAACACGAAGGAAAAGGGCUGCAGGCACCAUCGCCGGGGCCAGAGCUGGCGGUCGGAGCUCAGAGGAAGCCGAGAGUGAGGGAGGGUAUAUGACUGCACUGACAGACUCUGAGGAAGACGAUUUAAGUGAUGCAGAACAAAGCGAUGAAGAACAACCUGCAGAUAAGCUAUGUGUCCUCCUCGAGAGGAUCGAUGGGUUGCGCCAGGGCACUGAAUCUGACAAAAGGGAAUGUCUCAACCUCCUUUUGGAGCAGAGAGAGGAGUUUGGACAGAACUCAACAUUUCUUUGGCGGCUAACCCGAGCUUACUGUGAUGUUCACGACAUCAGUUCCACUCUGGAGGAGAAGAAGACCCAUGCAGAAACAGGGAAGAAAGUUGGCGAGGAGGCAGUGAGCCUGAACCCCACAUGUGCUGAAAGUCAUCAGUGGUAUGCCAUCAUGUGUGGGAUUAUGGCAGAAUAUGACACAGUACAGAACAAGAUAAAGAACGGAUACAUCUUUAAGGAUCAUCUGGAUAAGGCCAUUGAGCUGAAGCCACAAGACCCCAUGUCCUACUACCUGCUGGGCCGCUGGUGCUAUGCUGUGGCUCAGUUGUCGUGGAUUGAGAGGAAAGUUGCUGCAACAUUGUUUGGAGAGCCUCCAAGUGCCACAGUUGAAGAUGCACUGAAGAAUUUUCUAAGGGUUGAGGAGCUCCAGCCAGGAUAUUCCAAACUCAACUAUGUGUUUCUAGCUAAGUGCUACAAAGACCUGGGGCAAAGGGAGAAGGCGAGGAAGAUGUGUGAAGCUGCUUCUUCAAUGAAUGGCAUGUCCAAAGAGGAUGAAGAGGCACAGAAGGAGCUGGACUCACUCUACCCAGCGCUCGGAGUGUGACGACAGCUUGCACAUAGCACAUUCUUUUGGAAAUACAUUUUCCAUGUGCUACAAGCUGUGUGUGUGUGUGUGUGUGUGUGUGUGUGUGUGUGUGUGUGUGUGUGUGUAUGUGUGGAUAUAGUGUGUAUUGAGAGGACAUCAUGUUAAUUCACUCUGUGAGUGGAGGGAGGUGCGCUGUGGCAUUAUAUAAUCAAUGGGAGCAAUAACACAGUCAGAGCCGUCCAAUGUAGUUUUAAAUCAGAUUUGUAAUCUGAUUGGUUUGGCUUUUUUUUUUUUUUUUUGGGAGAGCAAAUUAUUCAAACCUGGUUGUACAAAAUCGGUAAGACAAUUUGUUUUCCCUUUUAGAUAAUAAAGUCUCUAAAGUGGACAUUUUAAUUUUUAUAGCAAUUUGAUUAGUCAUAAGUUACAGUCUGAUUGCUCUGAUAGCGAAAGUCAGUCCAGUGUGUCUCAAGGAUACUGAGUUUCCUUGAUAACAAUGACUUGUCGCUUUUUGGGAAAGUGACCCACAGGACUCGCUGUUCCUUCCUGCUCCGUCCCGUUUUUUUUUUUUUUUAUGGUUGUUGUUGUGUCUCUCACUACACAUUCAAGUGGCAAUAACAAAAGCACAUCAGACAAUGGCGCACCCAAACAAAGAUCUUGGAAUGCUGUGACCACUAGACGACCUCCUGCCCUCUUGACUCAGACCAGUGUUAGUGCUCACUGGCUACAUCCACAUGCAGACUUUGUACACUUAUCACACAGAUAGAUGAACAUGUUCUUUAGGAUGUCUUUCAUGAGAUCUGAUGAAGUGUGGUUGUUAACUUUGGCAUGUGUCCACUGAAGACAUUGAUAAAUCACUGACCUCCUGUCCCUGUGACAGUAAUGUCAACAUGCAGAGAUGGUGCUCUUUGAGAAAGCCCUGGGUGCUGUAGGUUUUAAUGUGUUUCCUGAACCCCCUUGAUACACAUCUGUCAAUAACCCUCACUAUCUUUUUACGUGGAACUGUUGGGCGACUACUCACAAAGAAUGAAUCCUUUAAAGUCAGUUUCCUAACCUCUUAUUUAGUCGUGGGUUAUCAGUUAACCCUGGAUAUUUGGUUUUCAUAAUUUAGCACCAUACACCAGAUGUCCUCACAGGGGUUGAGCAAAGAGCCCAUAAAUUAUGUUUCCCUCUGUAAACACCGCACAUCAAUAUGAAAGACAGAUGAGAAAGACGUUGGACUCUUACGUUGGACAGACAUAAAAUUUUGGUCUGGAUGACAACAUUUUAAAUGUCUAAUGACUAAGUAUCGUUAUUCUACAUCAAGAUGAUGUUAGCAUGAGGUGUUUGAAAGAUGUUGGAUUUUGGUUACUUAACAACACAACUUAGAACAAACAAAAUAUCAACGUGAUCUGUCGUCCGUAUUCUACAUCACAUUGCCUUUGGUUUUAGACGUCGUGACAUUGAAUUUCGGUCAGCUAAUGUCCAAGCUAAAUUCAAGCAAAUAUCAAUGUCUAAUGAUGGUGGUGACCAGCUGGGAAGUCUCAUCACAGAAACUUGUUUAUAACUCAUAUUAAACGGUUAUAUGAAGCAUACAUACAGGUGUUUUUUGUUUUUUUUUUAAAUUCAUAGUUGGAACUUUUUAGGAAGGAUUUUCAUUCUGGGGGGCCUCGCGAAUCCUUUGAUUUUUCACAUAUUCCUCUUUGAACAUUUACAUGGAUCUCUGACUGCCUUACAUUUUAUUGGUCUCAUAUUGUUUUUAAAGCUGUGUGAUCUAACAUCAUUUUUAUUGAGACAUCUGUUUUCUUAUUAACUUUUCCAAUGCCAGAGAAAGUGGAGAGGCAUCUAAAGUGCCACCACUCCAACUUGGUAUGCCAAGGAAAAAAUGUUUGUAGAGGGCUCCUCUUACUCUGCGCAUAUACAACACUUAAUUAUCCUGUUUAAGGUUCAAGUAAGGUUUUACUCAAGUUGAAAUUAAUGGAGGAAAAAAAAAAGAAUAGUAAAGUCCAUGUUGGUCGUCAGGCCUCAUCAGUGCACUGAUGAACAAAGAACAUAUUUAGAUGAACUACUGGUGUGCAUGUAAAUGGGGGGUCUGAGAAAGUGCGGGGCAAAAUUUGUUUUUUUUUGUCAUCCGUGUUUCUCUCUGCAACAAAAAUGUUGGACCAAUGGCUCUCUAGUAAAACUAUAAUGGAAAUAGCAGAGGAUGCAGACCCAUUACUUUGGCAUGAAGUGAUGGUGCUUAUUUUACGAUUGCAUUCCAGGUUAGAUAAUGCCACUAAAUUUUUAUUACUGUCUAACUGUAAUACUGUCUUACUGUAUUUUAUUACUGUCUAAUUUCUCACCUGAUCAUGUUUCUAUUCAGUCUUGUUAGGCAUGAUGCAUUUUAGACAUGCAUAUUGAAAUUGUGAAAUCAUAAGAAUUUUGUUUUGUUUGCUCUUGAGAUUUGUUUUGGGAAAGUCUAUGGAUUUAGAGUCUGAUUUGUUUUAAUGUGUUUUAUGUUGUUAGGGUUAAGUGAUUUGUUAACAUUACGAAAAGAAUUGCUUUUAUUUGUCACUUUACAGAUUUUUCUACCAGCACUAUGAAUGUAUCUUUAUAUGCCAAAGUACAGUAUUCCUCAAAACCUAAACUCUACAUGGAGGUAAUACUGUUCAUUGUCACAGACAGUGUGCACUGAAUGAUUAAUGGUACUGGAGUCUGUAAUUAAAUCUGUGCAAUCCUGUUA